AUGCCCUUUGUUAAUCAUCGGAGUUCAGAUCUCCCCUUGAAGUCAGGGGGCCUGGCAGGAAUUCAGGGAACCCCCAGCUCUUCAGAACCAAGGGCAGACCCCCGAGGCGAGGGUGUGGUGGGGAAAGACAUUCUGAAUCGUCUUUCCUUUGUCGUGACUUCUUCACCACCCAAAACAGGAAACCCCUCUUUCUUCUGGGACCUGGCGUCUGCCUGGAGGUGCCUACACAGGGUGACUCCUGAGAUUCCUGACCACGUUACACACUUUGGAUAUUGUGUGGAUGCCUUUGGACUCCAAUUUGAGCAUCCCUCAGUCUACACACAUAAGGAGAUUUGUGGAUUUAAAUUCCCUUUUGUGCAGCUCAAAGCAUGA